GUACAAGCAGGUCCAUGUCUGUAUCUGUAUCGUCAUCCACUGAUUCAGUACCUGACGGCAGCCAUGACACUUGUCCUCAGCAUCCUUGUGUGCGCCUCGCUUCUGCCAGCUUUGACUGCGGCAGGUACAGUUUACACACGUUGGGGAAGCAAGGGGUGUGCUUCUACAGCAGCGACUGUGUAUUCAGGUUAUAUGGGCGGAAGUUUUUACGGCCAUACCGGAUCUGGAGCCAACUACCUGUGUCUACCACCCAAUCCCGUACCCACUGACGUAUCAAAACCUGCCUACUUCUCCUCCGUGUACGGCACGGAAUACGAAGUGACGAACCGGCCAGAGAACGACCAGGAUGCUCUGUGUGCCGUGUGCUUCGUCAGCAGUCGUACUGCCAACAUCAUGAUACCCGGCACAAACACCUGUCCGUCUGGGUGGAGCUCCGAGUACACGGGUUUACUAAUGAGCGGGUACGACGGACACGCCGGGUCAACGGAGUUCAUCUGCGUGGACAGCAAACUGGAAGGUCGCGUCGCCUCAAGCGCUGACCAGAACGGCAGGCUGCUGUACCUGACGGUUGGCAUCUGUGGCAGUCUACCCUGUCCUCCUUACGUCAACAGCAACAUCCUGCAAUGCGUUGUUUGCUCCAAGUGAGAGUCCAUCGUUUUGGUCAUGGGAUCAAAGAAGUAGACCUCUUCAAUGCGUUCUCUUCCGACGUAAUAGUAUGAACGUUUAAUUGCAACUUUCAUAUGGAAGUUGUUAUUUAUUUUUGUUUGUUUGUUUGUUUAUUUGUUAAGUUAGGUUAACAUACCUUUGGUUUAGAAAAAACAUAGAAAAUUGUCUGUAUCCGAAGACAUUUUUCAAUUGUACUCGAAGUUUUACCGUCUGUGUAAACCGUCUUUUCUGCAAAUAUAACCAUUUUUUCUCACAGAUUUGGAUUGUUCUGUG